AAAACUGGUUAAAUUAAUUAAGAACGGUCCUUCGUAUAUUUGAUUAAUUUUGUUCUCUUCAUGAUCAGCUCCGUAUACUCAUAUAGAAAUCUUUACUUUUUUUGACACAGAAAUCCAUUACCAUUUCACAGAACAAUGUGCGGAUCCAUUUUGUGGUUAUCUUUAGUCAUGAUCGGCAGUGGAUCAUUUGGCAGUAUCCUAAUACCAAAGUCUCUAGAAUGGGAAUCUAUGCUGUUUCUUAUCCCCAGCGAUUACACUCCAGACAGGAGGUCACAAUUGUGCCAUAAAUACAGCACUCGCUAUUGCUACAUGGGUAAAGUGAUCAAUGCGAUUAAGAGUGAAAGAUCGGCAGAGAGUGAUGACUAUUCCAAGUUCAUAGAGCUAAUCAACAGAGUGUACAGACACAUCAACUGGUUUUCAAUCUCGUUGAUAUUAUCCCGAGAGGAAGGUUUAUGUUGUGUGUCCCAGUUGGGUGCCUACAAAAAAUUUGGCCAGGACCGAGGAUUAUCUCCUGCCAGCUACAUGGAAGAAAUUACUGAUUACUCUGGUGAUAACAAAAACCUCAAUUUUGUAAAGGCCCACUUCAACAGGAACCUUUGCGUCAAUCUUAUAUCGGAAGUUGGCUUCGGAACUGGAGAAUUGGUUAUCAACGGCCAUUAUCACGACGCAUUUUUUUUACUCAGCGAAGGAAACAAUAAGAUGUUUCACUUUUUCCCUUAUUACAACAUAAAAGAUCAACUUACCUUUGAGUGGUUUAAAUUGAAUAUAAUGUGUGACGAACAACCUUGGAUAUGUGCUAAACAUCCUCCAGAUGCGGAGCAAAUUGUAUAGUUAGACACACAGAUAAAACUUUGAUUUUGAAAAUUUCUGGCAAUUUUAUAGAAUAUAAAUUGUUUCAAGCGCAUCAGCAGCCCGAGUGUUGAUCGAUACAUACAAACCUCUAGAUAAAAAUUAUAUUCUGUCCAGCUUUUUUAUCAAAAAGGCAAAAAAAAUAAACAAUUGAAAGUU